GCUCUCACUCACUUCCCCUUUUCUCUCUCUACACUCUUCACUUCUCUCUCGCGCUCUGCAACCACAAUUCUCUCCUCUGUUUUUCACUAUUACAUCAAUGGAGGCGCCUGAAUACUACAUGAGCGGCUACUUCGGCGCCGGCGUCCCGGCCGCCUUCGCCGACUACUCUCCGGAGAAGAACCAGAAGCUCCCCUCCGACUCCUCCCAUUUCGUCGUCGACGACCUCCUCGAUUUCCCCAACGACGACGACGCCAUUAUGACCGACGGCUUCUUCGACAACAUCGCCAAAAAUUGCGCCACCGCCACCGCCGAUUCCCCCGCCUUCACCUCCAAUGACAGCUGCAAUUCCUCCUCCACCUCCGCCGGCGCCAAUCCCGCCGCCUACCAGAGCUUCGCCGAUUCCCACUUCUCCAGCGAGCUCUGCGUUCCGUACGAUGAUAUGGCUGAAUUGGAAUGGCUCUCCAAUUUCGUGGACGACUCCUUCUCAGCUGACCAGACCUACAACCUCCACAUGCUACCCGGUUCGAAACCGCACACACCCGACUCGUCCUCCUGCGAGACCCAUCUCGAGCCAAUGGGCCGGAACAUGAACCACCCCAUGUUCCAACCGGACACCCCGCUCCCGGGGAAGGCUCGGUCCAAGCGGUCACGAGCUGCUCCAGGCAAUUGGACCACCCGCCUCCUCCACCUCGCGUCUCCCUCGGCCAAAGGCGCGUCCAAGAAGCAGCAGCAACCACAACCACAACAACAAGAGGGUCCGACACAGAACUCGAGCGGUUCGGGUUCGGAUGCAAUUGUGCGGAGGUGCUUGCAUUGUGGGUCGGAGAAGACCCCACAAUGGCGGACCGGGCCCAUGGGCCCGAAGACGCUGUGCAACGCGUGCGGGGUUCGGUACAAGUCGGGCCGGUUGGUUCCGGAGUACCGGCCAGCGGCCAGCCCGACGUUCGUACCGGCCAAGCACUCGAAUUCGCAUAGGAAGGUUUUGGAGCUGAGGAGGCAGAGGGAAUUGCAUGCGGCGGCGCAGCAGGAGCAGUACCUGAACCCGAGCUCGUAUUUCGGUGUGCCCAACGGCGGAGAUGAGUUCUUGGUUCAUCAUCACCACCAUCAUCAACAUCAUCAUCACCCUGGUGGCCCCAAUUUUACGCAGAUGAUUUAGUGGCGGGUGUACUGAUCAAGACAAGAGAAGUAGGGAGGAUAACCAUCAACUUAAUUUUCUUAAUCAUAGUUAUUUUUCCUUUAAUUUGUUUUUUUUUUUCUCUCUUUUUCUUUUUGUUGUCGUGUAAGCUAAAAUUUCAAUUUUUAGUCGUUCAAUUUUUGGGGGGUUGCAAAAGGAAUUUGUAGAAUUAAGUGGAGAGGAGAAAGACUACAAGAGAGUAGUGCUCUAGCAAAAUCAAAAUGUAACUCUUCAUUUUGGGAUUUUUCUGCCAAAAAUUGGCCAUUAAUUCAGAACUAA